UUUCAAAAACUCGUUUUUUCCUCUCGCGAGAGUCUAGAUUGUGUUUUGUUUCUCCGCUUUGGUCCUGCUGUAGGGCUAAGUAUAAGCUAAUUGUGUGUGUAGUUUUUAAACUCCGAACUGCUUUAAAGGUUUUGCUACUUAAACGAGACACUUUAAGACUUGGAAGAAAACUACCAAACUAGUCUUUCGGUCGGAAGUACAUGCAUAUAGUCCUCCGUAGCGUUGCGUGUUUACUUAAGCRGAGGUGUUCACGGGUUUUACUUCUGAAUCCAGUCAACAAACAGGAUCUAAACAUAAUGUAUUCAGUGUCUUCUAAAAGCCGAACCCCAUCAUCCACUUAUAAAACGCAGCGUUCAGAAGACACCUGGACGUUGAAGUAUGUCACCGGCGACCUGUUUUCCUGCCCACGGGACGAAUCCUUGGCCCACUGCAUCAGUGAGGACAUCCGCAUGGGGGCGGGGAUAGCAGUGAUGUUCAGGAAGAGGUUCGGCGAAGUGUCGACGUUAAAGGAGCAGAAGAAGGUGCCAGGGCAGUGUGCUGUCCUGACAAGUGAUCGUCGUUUCAUCUAUUAUCUGAUAACAAAGCAGAAAGCCAGCCAGAAACCCACAUAUGACAGCCUGAGAGGGAGUCUGGAAGACAUGAAGUCUCAUUGCUUACAGAAUGGUGUCAAAAGGAUAUCAAUACCUCGAAUUGGGUGUGGCCUGGACCGACUGCAGUGGUCAAAGGUGUCACAGAUCCUGGAGCAGGUCUUYAAAGAGACGGACAUCACCAUAACCGUGUACAGUCUGCCCAAGAAAGCAGAGACCACAGUAAUGAAGGAAAAUAUGCGAUGAUUCACGGUCUUUAUAAUUAUUAUUGGCAGGGUUCACUGUAUGCACUUUUUCUCCAUUAUUAUUAGGAGUUUUUCUAGUGAAAAGGCAGUUAUGUAAUGAUUAUAUUGCAAAUAAAAUGCAUUUUUUAGCAAAUCAGUUUCACUGCAUAGGGGGCUCCCUCUUGUGUGAAUUUAGGUUUUUAUCACCAAAUCAAUAUUUAACGGAGGUGUUUAACACACCACUGUACUGGCUUUAGAACACACACCUCCUGUAGGGCUUUUAUGAAAGCAUUUUGACAUUCUAAUGUUUAGAAUGCAUUUGAUCCCAAAAUAACUCAGUUUCUCGCUUAUAACUACACAGCUUCUUUUAUUCUAUAUGUCCUUCAUCUAUGAUGCUUUUAUAAYCUGCCUUGUUCCCCAGCUGUUAAGAAUGAAACAAUGGCUUACAGAAUGUUUUCUUCAAAAUAUUGCAAAUGAGUCAUCUGAAUAUCCAAACAAACCCAAAAUGUAACUUUUUUUUUUUCCGUUACAUUAGAUCAGAGGAUUUUGCUCGACUACCCAGAGUAAUUCAUAUUUACCUUUGAUAAACACAUGAAGGGAUGGCUUCAGUCCUUUUGCUGUUGCAUAAACGGCUCAGUAGUGAAGCGCRUCAUCAAUGACYUUGCUGCACAUCAGUCAAAACACUUUCUAACUUUAUUAUAAAAUUGUAACCCAGUUUGUAAGUAAUGAAGAUUUCUGCGCUUCAGAGCACCCAGAAAUCUAACCGUUGCCUUCACAUUUAUAUUCUAAUAAAUCUUUUAGCAGAUCUAAAAGUGUUUUUAAUUUUUUUUUUUUUUACAUCUAUGUUUUACUGUGAAUUUACUAUGAGACUGUAUAGAGUUGUGUCUCCAGUUGUGUCCGGUAACAGCAGUCCAACAUCAUUAAGCACAUCAAGCUCUAUUUUUGUAGGAAAUAUAUUUCUACAUGGCAAUUUAUUUACUACGAUUUGUAACAGGGAGAUGUUGUGAUGUAAAUGGUGCUGAUUCUGAGAACUGAUGAAUGAUUUUUCCAUUGUAGAGUUCAAUCAGUGAGGUCAUUCAUCUUGUGAACCAGCAGGUGGCCCUAAUCUAAGAAAGAAGGCGACCAGUGAACAUGCUGGUUACACAGGAUUCCCCUGAAAAUUUGGAUGAAAUCGGUCAAAGAGGGGGUAACGUAUAAAGAAGCACAGAYAUUCUGGAGAUGUGAAUGCUACAAGUCAAUGACAUGAGGCAAUCUKCAUAUUUYACUUAACUUUUUUUUUUUUUUUUUACUGAUUU